AUGAAUCCCAUCAGGCCGCAUGGACUUGUGAACAUUGAGCUGAUACAGCUGGUUCCUUACAAUCUCGACCCCUUUGUGAUCCAGUGUGCAACCGGCUGUGACUUGUAUCCCAAUGGCUCCUAUACAAAAUUCUACCAUCUCGCCUACAACGCCCACAAUUUCCUCAGCUUUCAUGUGGACAGCAGCCACUGGGAGAGAGAGCAGGAGAGAGAGCUGGCAGCACACGUUGAAAGGCAGUUCAACACCUUCACUGGCUUCUCUGCGACCCUGCAACACCUUCUCAAUGUCACCUGUGUUGACCACAUGAAGAAAUUCAUCGAGUAUGGGAGGGCAGCUCUGGAGAGACAAGAGCUGCCUGUGGCCACGGUCUUUGCCCGCACACCCAAACCAGACCAGCUCCUGCUGGUUUGCCAUGUCACUGGCUUCUACCCACGGCCCAUCAGCGUGGCCUGGCUGCAGGAUGGACAGGAGGUGCCGCCGGGCCCAGCACUCAACACCAGCACCAUCCUGCCCAACUCCGACCUCACCUACCAGAUCCGCAGCAUCCUGGCUGUGCCCCCUGAUGAUGGGCACCACUACGCCUGCCGUGUGCACCACCGCAGCCUGGGCAAUGGCAGCCUCCUCAUCCCAUGGGACAGCUCCAACAUAGCUCUCGGUGUCAGCAUCACCCUUGUGGUGCUGCUGGCUGUUGCUGCAGCCCUCGCUGGGGCCAUCUGGCACUACAGGCGCAGGUGA